CCGCCGGUUACCGUGAGAAGCAGCGCCUCCCCGUGUACGCACCGAUUGGUUGAAGAUCUUGACGGGCUCGCCUUCUCCACAGACCGUCUUCAGUCCAGGGCGGGGCUGACUCUCCAACCAAACUGAAUUAGGCUACAACCGGCAGAAGAAAACUUACCCCGGCUCGAUCCAUGGAGCAGUGCGGGAAUGCUCUGUCCGUAGGUGGGAAGCAGAGAACCCGGGCGGCGGCCACGUUUCGGCUACAUCCCGUCGGACUGCCCGAGCAGCUGUUGUGAUCAGGAGUGACCGGAUUGAAUACUACGGCACCGGGAUUGGCUUAAAUUAAAAAAAAAAAACAUCUGCGGGGUUGGAGAAGGAGGAAAAAAGACGCGCGUUUGUUGCUGCGCUGCUGUUUAAGGAUGAUGUGACAAAUCACUUCUCUGCUGCCUGUGGAGAAAAACAAACCUGGAUUUUUUCCCCUCCUGUCUGGUGCUGGAGAUCAACUGAGCUGGUUGUUAGAAGGCUGGCAGGCCUGGGGUGGGACAGAGAACAUGGCUGAACCACGGCGGGAGAGCACCAGCAGCCUGCAGAGGAAGAAGCCUCCGUGGCUCCGGCUGGACAUUCCCACAGCUCAGAUGUCGCUCGACGAGCCUCCCACUUUUGUUCAGCCGGUGAAGAGGCAGGGCUUCCUCCGCAGCAUCAGCAUGCCAGUGGAGACCUCUCACCUCCAAUCUCCUCCCCGUGACCUCUUUGACACCCGGCGGCCUGUAUUACAACGUCAGUCAUCCAUCACUCAGACCAUAAAAAGACCUAAUAACGUCUUCAUGUCAUCUGCCUGCAGCAGGAGGGUUCACUUUGAACGGAUUAACACGGUCCCCAUUAAGGGGCAGCGGGCUGCACGGCGCAGCACCAGGAAACACCACUCGCUCUCCAGAACUCUGCUCAGGGGAACGGCGGACUGGUUUGGGGUCAGCAAGGACGGCGAUGCCACCCAGAAAUGGCAGAGGAAAAGUCUGCGCCACUGCAGCCUUCGCUACGGGAAGCUGAAACCGCAGGUGAUCCGAGAGAUGGAUCUGCCCAGCCAGGACAAUAUCUCCUUAACCAGCACUGAGACCCCGCCUCCUCUCUACGUGCCCUCCUCACAGCAUGGCAUGCAAAAGAUUGUGGACCCAUUGGCGCGAGGACGGGCUUUCCGCAUGGUGGAAGAGGUAGACGGCUACAGCGUGCCUCAGACCCCUAUCACCCCCGGAGCUGCCUCUCUUUGCUCCUUCACCAGCUCCCGCUCAGGUCUCAACCGACUGCCUCGCCGACGAAAGAGGGAGUCUGUGGCAAAGAUGAGCUUCAGGGCCGCGGCAGCGUUGGUCAAAGGCCGCUCAUUACGGGAAAGCACUCUAAGACGGGCCCAAAGACGAAGCUUCACGCCUGCCAGCUUCAUGGAGGAAGACGUGGUAGACUUUCCUGAUGAACUGGACACGUCCUUCUUUGCCAGAGAUAUUCUAAUGCAAGAGGAGCUGUCCACGUAUGCAGACGAGGUGUUUGAAUCGCCGUCUGAGGCAGCCAUCAAAGAGGCAGAGCCCAGCAGCAAGAAGGAUGAGAUGGAGCUGACAGGCAGUGCCCUAGAUAAGACGGAGCUGGAGAGGAGUCACCUCAUGCUACCUCUGGAGCGAGGAUGGCGUAAAGUCAAAGAAGGAACUCCAGGACCGCCAAAGGUGCCCUUGCGGCAGGAGGUGGUGAGUGUAAACGGGCAGCGGCGUGGCCAGCGCAUCGUCGUACCCGUCAAGAAGCUUUUCGCCCGGGAGAAGAGGCCUUACGGGUUGGGCAUGGUCGGGAAGCUCACGAACCGCACCUACCGCAAGCGCAUUGACAGCUACGUCAAGAGGCAGAUAGAGGAUAUGGAUGAUCACAGGCCUUUUUUUACAUACUGGAUCACCUUUGUCCAUUUGCUCAUCACUAUCUUGGCUGUAUGCAUCUAUGGUAUUGCACCGGUGGGCUUUUCCCAGCAUGAGACGGUUGAUUCUGUUUUAAGAAACAAAGGUGUGUAUGAAAAUGUCAAGUUUGUACAGCAGGAGAACUUUUGGGUCGGGCCCAGUUCGGAAGCCUUGAUCCAUUUGGGGGCCAAAUAUUCUCCAUGCAUGCGGCAAGACCAGCAGGUGCAUGAUCUUAUCAGGGAAAAGAGGGCUAUCGAACGCAACUCAGCCUGCUGCGUUCGAAAUGAUCGCUCUGGCUGUGUCCAAACCUCAGAGGAGGAAUGCUCGAGUACUCUAGCUGUGUGGGUGAAGUGGCCGAGGCAUUCCAGCACUCCCCAGUUAAACGGCAAAGACAGACAGUAUGGCUCAGUGUGCCAUCAGGAUCCCAGGAUAUGUCUGGAGCCCGCCUCAGUGUCACCGCAUGAAUGGCCGGAUGACAUCACCAAGUGGCCAAUUUGUACCAGGUACAACACAGGGAACCACACCAACCUGCCUCAUAUAGACUGUACCAUCACAGGCCGACCCUGCUGCAUCGGAACCAAAGGGAGGUGUGAAAUCACAUCCCGGGAAUAUUGUGACUUCAUGAAGGGCUACUUUCAUGAGGAGGCUACUCUUUGCUCUCAAGUGCACUGCAUGGAUGAUGUAUGUGGACUGUUGCCUUUCCUCAACCCUGAGAUCCCAGAUCAAUUUUACAGGCUCUGGCUCUCACUUUUCCUCCAUGCUGGGAUCCUUCACUGCCUGGUGUCGGUGGCUUUCCAGAUGACCAUCCUGAGGGACCUGGAGAAGCUGGCGGGCUGGCUGCGCAUCUCGAUUAUUUACAUCCUUAGCGGCAUCACUGGCAACUUAGCGUCGGCCAUCUUCUUGCCCUACAGAGCAGAGGUGGGCCCAGCAGGCUGUCAGUUUGGGAUCCUGGCCUGCCUGUUUGUGGAGCUGUUUCAGAGCUGGCAGAUCCUCGCCCAGCCCUGGCGGGCCUUCACCAAGCUGCUGUGUGUGGUGCUCUUCCUCUUUGCCUUUGGGCUGUUGCCCUGGAUCGACAACUUUGCCCACAUUUGCGGCUUCAUCUCGGGCUUCUUCCUGUCCUUCGCCUUCCUUCCCUACAUCAGCUUUGGCCGCAUGGACCUGUACCGCAAGCGCUGUCAGAUUAUCGUCUUCCUGCUGGUGUUUGUCGGGCUCUUUUCAGGCCUCGUGGUGCUCUUCUAUGUCUACCCAAUCAAGUGUGAAUGGUGCGAGUUGCUCACCUGCAUCCCCUUCACAGACAAAUUCUGCGAGAAGUACGACCUCAACGCUCACCUCCACUGAAGUGCAGCAGGAAGGCAUCAGGUCAAAAGAUGUGGACUGGCUGGGGGACCGUCGCCCCCAUUUCUCUGUGAACUCUGACAAUAUGCUUGUGUUCUUUUACUCUGUCAAUAUGAAUACCUAUACCACUCAUCCCAAGGACUUCCUUUAAUCGCCUCGUGGCAGUCAUUGUCAAUCCCUCACUGUCCAGUGAAACAAAGCUACAGCACUUGUGAACCUCAUCAAAGCGCUCAGCUGCCUUUUACACGUGAGGCAGGAAUUAGAGAAGCUGGUACAGAGAGAAGGAUUUCUUUUUACAUUCACACUUCAGACAUAGGUUUUGUUAUUAUAAUUAUUAUUAUUAUUAUUCAGGCAACCUCAUACAGAAGCAGGGACAACAAAUCAAAUAUUGAUACCUUUGGUGCCUUGUUGAUAAAUGUACCAACUACUGCCAUAUUUUUGUUACAUUAUGCUGAGCACUCGAAUGUUUUCUUUUAUUUGUUUAUUGCUUCUCAAGAAGUGAUUAUUGUUCUGAACACGGUAGUGUUUUAGCUACCUGUCUACUCACAUGUAACUGAAAACAACAGUAAAAAAAUCUACAAAAUCAAAAAUA